AAGGGACGCCCGAUGCGAGAGACUCCUCUCAGCUUCAGAUUCAUCAGGCCGGCGGUGGCUUCAGGAUGCAGGCAUCACCUGUCGAAGAUGCCAGCUUCUUUUCCAGAUUUUUCUUCUGUUGGACGUCACCGAUUUUGAAAAAAGGAUACAAGCAGAAAUUAGAUCUUUCAGAUAUUUAUAGAACUCCAUCCUUUGACACAGCAGAUCAUCUUUCUGAACGCCUUGAACGAGAAUGGGACAGGGAGCUUGCGUCGUCAAAGAACAAACCCAGACUUUUCAAUGCGCUGCGGCGGAGUUUUUUCUGGCCUUUUGUCUUUUAUGGCAUCUUGCUGUACUUCGGGGAAGCAUCGAAAACGGUGCAGCCUCAGAUCUUGGGCCGGAUCAUUGCAUCAUUCGAUCCUCUUCAUGAGGAAGAGAGAGCACAGGGUUACUAUCUGGCCCUGGGACUGUGCCUCCUCUUCAUAGCCCGGUUCCUCCUUCUUCAACCAGCCAUCUUUGGUCUUCACCAUCUUGGUAUGGAGAUCAGAAUCGCCCUUUUCAGCCUGAUUUAUAAAAAGACUCUGAAGCUCUCCAGCCGAGUCCUGGACAAGAUCAGCACUGGCCAGCUGGUCAGUCUUAUGUCUACACACCUAAACAAACUGGACGAGAGCCUCGGGCUGGCACACUUCGUGUGGAUCUCGCCCAUGCAAUGCAUCCUGUGUGUCGGCCUCAUCUGGGAUCUGAUCGACGUCAAUGCACUCAGCGUGCUGGGCUCACUGACACUGCUGGCUAUCAUUCAGGCCUGCCUGUCCCAGAGGAUGGGCCCUAUCAGAGUGAAGAGAGCGAAGGUGAUCAGCCAGAGGCUGGCCCUCACUUCUGAGAUAGUGGAGAACAUCCAUUCGGUCAAAGCUUAUGGCUGGGAGGAGAUCAUGGAGACCAUCAUUAAGAACAUCAGGCAGGAAGAGAUGACUCUGACGAGGAAGAUCGCCGCUCUUAGGUACGUCUACAGCGCAGCUUACUUCUUCUCUGCCUUUCUGGUUGUCCUCGCCGGUGUCUUGCCCUACGCACUCACCAAGGGGAUCAUCUUGCGCCAAAUCUUUACCACGGCCUCCUACUGCAUGGUGCUGAGGAUGACGGUCACCCGGCAGCUGCCAAACUCCAUCCAGAUGUGGUACGACACUGUGGGUCUGGUCAACAAGCUAGAGGAAUUUCUUACUAAAGAAGAAUACAAAGUAUUGGACUAUAACCUGACCACAAAAGACGUAGAACUGAUAAAUGUUAGUGCCUCCUGGGAUGAGCUCUCUCUGUGCUUUAAGGAAAUUGGGGAACUUUUUGAGAGGAUCAAAAAGCAGAACAAAGUAAACGAGCACCCGAAUGGAGACGCUGGGUUCUUCUUCACCAACCUCUAUGUGACGCCCGUCUUGAAAAACAUCAGUCUCUACCUGGAAAAGGGGAAGAUGCUGGCAGUUGCAGGGUCGACUGGAUCAGGAAAGAGCUCGCUGCUGAUGAUGAUCCUGGGGGAGCUGGUCCCCACCCAGGGCACCAUGAAGCACAGCGGCCGCAUCUCCUUCUCGCCGCAAACGCCCUGGAUCAUGCCGGGCACCGUCCGCGACAACAUCGUCUUCGGCCUGGCAUACGACGAGCAUCGCUACAGCAGCGUCAUCAAGGCCUGCCAGCUGGAGGAGGAUUUUGCGCUUCUACCAGACAAAGACAAGACUUCUCUAAUAGAAGGGGGCGUGACUCUCAGUGGGGGCCAGCGGGCACGCAUCUGCCUGGCCAGAGCAGUAUACAAAGAUGCAGAUCUCUACCUGCUCGACUCUCCUUUCACCCACUUGGACAUCGUGACAGAAAAGGAGAUAUUCGAAAGGUGCCUGUGCAAGCUCAUGGCCUCCAAGACGCGCGUCGUGGUCACCAGUAAGCUGGAGCACCUGAAGCGGGCCGACCGCAUCCUGCUGCUGCAUAACGGCACCUGCUACUUCUACGGCACCUUCUCUGAGCUACAGGCACAGAGGCCCAACUUCAGCGGGCUGCUGCUGGGCCUGGAGGCGUACGACAGCAUCAAUGCCGAACGCCGUUGCUCCGUGCUCACCGAGACGCUGCGGCGCAUCUCCGUCGACGAGACGUCCGGCCCGCAGCCCGAGUCCUUCCGGCAGACGGCCCUGGCCCCCGAGGGGGGCGGCCCCGACAGGAGGAAGCUCUCGGUACCCCUCAGUCCUCUAGGGGCCUCUCGUAAGUUCUCCCUCAUCCAGCCGGAAGAGGAAGGCGGCCAUGAGCGGAUGGAUCGCCGGUUCUCAGUGGUGCCUGAAGACAACCAGGUAGAGGAGGUCCUGCCCCGGGGCAAUGUGUACCACCACGGACUGAAGUUCCCGCGGCAACGGCGGCAGUCUGUGCUGGCCUUCAUCACCAAUGCCCAGGACCAGGGUCGCCGCGAGCAGCUGCAGUCGUCCUUUCGCAAGAAGCUGUCGGUGACGCCGCAGUGUGAGCUGGCCUCGGAGCUGGACAUCUACACCCGCCGCCUCUCCAAAGACAGCAUGUACAACAUCACCGAGGAUGUGGACGAGGAGAAUAUGGAGGAAUGCUUUGCAGAUGACCGCGAUAAUGUUUUUCAAACCACCUCGUGGAGCACGUACUUGCGCUACUUUUCAGAAAACAGAAAUCUUAUUUAUGUUCUCAUCUUCAUUGCUUUUGUUUUUGUGCUGGAGGUGGCUGGAUCUGUCGUUGGGAUAUUCCUGUUAACAGAUAAGAUCUGGAAGGAGGAAAAUGAGACAGUCCACUGCAACACGUCCUCCCCAGGGCCUGCCCGGGCCGUGAUCAUCACACCUACCAGCGCCUACUACAUAGUCUACAUCUAUGUGGCCACGUCAGAGAGCAUCCUGGCCCUAGGCUUCUUCCGGGGCCUUCCGCUGGUGCACACGCUGCUCACCGUGUCUAAGCGGCUGCACCAGAAGAUGCUGCGGGCGGUGCUGCGGGCCCCCAUGGUGGUGCUGAACACCAUGAAGACAGGCCGAAUCAUAAACCGUUUCACUAAGGACAUGGCGACCAUCGAUGACAUGCUGCCCCUCAUCCUGUUCGAUUUCAUACAGCUCACACUUAUCGUGCUGGGGGCCAUUUCUGUGGUCUCCAUUAUACGCCCCUACAUCUUCAUCGCAGCCAUUCCCCUCGCCGUCAUCUUCAUCUUGAUGAGGAAGUACUUCCUUCGUACAGGACAGCAGCUGAAGCAGCUGGAAGCAGAAGCCCGUAGCCCAAUCUUCUCCCACCUAAUCAUCUCCCUCAAAGGCCUGUGGACCAUCCGAGGCUUUGGGAGGCAGACCUACUUUGAGACUCUGUUCCACAAAGCUCUCAACACCCACACAGCCAUCUGGUACCUCUACCUGUCUACGCUGCGCUGGUUCCUUUUUCGCUGCGACAUCAUCUUCGUCCUCUUCUUCACCGCCACUGCCUUCAUCGCCGUCGGCACCAACCAAGAUAAACAAGGUGAAAUAGGCAUCAUCAUAGUCCUGGCCAUGUUAAUUCUGGGUACCUUCCAAUGGGCCGUCAUCACCAGCAUCACCGUGGACAGCCUGAUGCGCUCCGUCGACCGGAUCUUCAAAUUCAUCGACCUGCCAUCAGAGGAGUCCCCGGGGAAGAACACAGACCUGGUCAUUGAGAACAGCCACAAAGACAAGGACUGGCCCUCCAGAGGUCACAUGGAGGUCAGCAACCUGAGCGCCAAGUACACCGAGGGUGGAAGGUUCAUCCUCCACAACCUGUCCUUCAGCAUCGAGGGCGGCCAGAGGGUGGGUGUGCUGGGCAGGACGGGAUCGGGCAAGAGCACGCUGCUGUCCGCGCUGCUGCGUCUGGCCUCCACCGACGGGGACAUCUCCAUCGACGGCAUCUCCUGGAACUCCGUGCCCCUGCAGACUUGGAGGAAGGCCUUUGGCGUCGUGCCGCAGAAAGUUUUCAUCCUGACGGGGUCAUUCCGCAUGAAUCUGGAUCCACAUGGUCGCCAUAGUGAAGAGGAGCUCUGGAGAGUUGCAGAGGAGGUGGGCUUGAAGUCCGUCAUCGAGCAGUUCCCUGACAAGCUGGACUUCCAGCUGGAGGAAGGCGGCUACGUUUUGAGCAAUGGCCACAAGCAGCUGGUGUGCCUGGCCAGAUCCAUCCUGAGCAAGGCCCGCAUCCUGCUCCUGGACGAACCCAGCGCCUACCUGGACCCCAUAACACUGCAGGUGCUGAGAAAGACGCUGAAGCUCUCCUUCUCCAACUGCACAGUCAUGCUGUCUGAGCACCGUGUCGAGCCUCUGCUGGAGUGUCAGUCCUUCCUGAUGAUAGAGGGCAGCCGCAUUAAGGCGUACGACUCCAUCCAGAAGCUGCUGAACGAGACCAGCCAGCUGAAGCAGGCCAUCAGCCACUCCGAGCGUCUGAAGCUCUUCCCACUGCACCGCCACAACUCCAGCAAACACAUGUCCAAGGUGCCCAUCAGCGCCCUCCAGGAGGAGACCGAGGACGAAGUGCACGACACGCGCCUCUGAGGGCCUGCUCGUCCGCUCAACGAGACAUCGGCCACCCAUGGCCGCACGUUCUGAGUGAUUUUAUAACUGCACUGUCCCAGUGGAAGCACUUAAAAAUUCAAUGGCCAAGAAUUUGGUUUUAAGUUAGAACAGAAAACAGUGACGUUUUCUCCCAUCUUACUCUCCGUGAGACACACAGACAAAUACAGACAGGUGAGCGCAAGUUUAGGGUCAUAGGGCAGGUCAGCCUGCACCUCAAGAGAAUUUGGGGGUCAAGGGCCUUGCUAACGGCCGCUUACAUCAUCAUUCUGCCAGUAUCCCUUCCGAUCCACAGAGCCACACACUGGCCAAAGACCCAAGGAGCUUUUUUAUUCAUGUUUAAUUUCUGAGGAAUAUUCUGUCCAAAGUCAACAAUGUGGAUCCCUUUGCUUAUAAAUAAAUAUGUAAACCAGA